AUGGCACCCAGUUUGAGGAGUCUCGUCUCUUUCGCGGCGGUCCUGCCCUUCGUCGUCGCUGUUCCAGCUGUAAAACGCGAUGAUGUAUCAUCCAUCAAGAACAAAGCCUACGACUAUGUCAUUGUAGGUGGUGGUCUUACUGGUUUGGUGGUUGCCAAUCGUCUGAGUGAGAACAAAUUCCGUUCAGUACUUGUUCUGGAGACUGGUCCAAUCACAGAGGACAUCAACACCGUCAUUCCCGCUUCUGGCAACAACAUCAAUAGCGCAAUGCAGUAUGAUGUCGAAUCUGCCCCUGAUGCUGCUCUCGACGGCCUCAGUGCCCCAGUCCUGAUUGGAAGGGUCGUUGGAGGUGGUUCGGUGGUCAACGGUAUGGCCUUCGAUCGCGCUUCAGCCGCUGAUUACGAUGCUUGGGAGCAGCUGGGCAACCCAGGCUGGGGUUGGAAUGGACUUCUUCCGUAUUUCAAGAAGUCUACUACUUUCACUCCACCUAUACUCGCCAAGGAGUUCAACAUUACCCACGACGCCUCAGUGUACGGUAAAAAUGGCCCAAUCCAGGCGUCAUUUCCCAACUUCGAGUUUCCCGAUGUCAAGGUCAUGUGGGAAGCGUGGAGAGCUGGAGGUUACCCCACGCCUAAGGAGCAUGCUGCAGGAGAUGCUGUCGGUGCCCUGUGGGUCCCCACCUCCCUGGAUCCCAAGACCCAAACACGUUCAGAUGCGAGAAGGACAUACUACGACUCUGUCAAGAGCCGCCCCAACCUGAAGCUUGUUACUGGCGUUGAGGCUACCGAAGUCCUCUUCGAUAAACUAACCGCCAAGGGUGUGUUAUUUACCAACCUCGCUGACAAGACUACAUCAAGAGUCUACGCAAAGCGAGAAGUUAUUCUUGCUGCAGGCUCGGUGUUCACUCCCAAGAUCCUUCAACUGAGCGGUGUGGGCCCUGCAAAUGUCCUCAAGGCUGCUGGCGUGAAGGUUAAGAAAGAUCUUGCCGCUGUUGGUGCCAACCUGCAAGACCACCCUAACGCUGACAUGUUCUUCUCAACUCAGAAUUUGAGCACUCCCAAUCCCAACUUCGCUACCGACCCAGUUCAAAACGCCACAGCUUGGGAGCAGUACUACGCCAAUCGCACUGGUCCUGUCACCCAGUCGCACGGUAGCAGUCUGGCCUUCUUGUCUCUUCAAAGCGUUGCUUCCGACUACAAGCAGAUCGUCUCUACUAUCAGGGGCCAGAAGUCUGUUGACUACCUUCCUGCCGUCUACAAGAACAACCCCAACCUCCUUCGCGGUUAUGAAGUUGCUAAGGCGAUCACUUUGGAACUUCUCUCUGGAACAAAGGCCGCUGCUUUCGAAUUCCCGAUGAACGCCUUCGGUCUUGCUAUUAGCGCUGUUGAGCGCCCCCUGUCCCGUGGAUACGUUGCUCUCAAUCCCACCAACCCUACCGGAAACCCCAUCAUUCAGUUCAACACCUUCCAAAACCCUGCUGACAGGACUAUGAUAGUUGAGGCGAUUAGGUGGCUCCGCCGUCACUGGAAGAGCCCCGUUCUCGCUCGCUUCUCGCCCGUCGAACUCACCCCGGGUGCUGCUGCUCAGACCGACGACGAGAUCAUCCACGCUCUUCUCGAAAACGAUGCACUCCAUCCUACUUGGGCUCAUCAAUCGGGUACUUGCUCCAUGCUGCCCGAAAAGUACGGUGGCUGUGUCGGCAGCGAUCUGCGCGUCUACGGCACGAAGAGCCUCAGCAUCAUCGAUGCUAGCAUCAUCCCUUUGAUUCCUGCUACUCACUUGCAAGCAACCAUGUACGCUGUUGCUGAGAAGGCUGCGGAUCUGAUCAAGCUGCGCAACAUCUUCUAA